CUGUUAGGCUCUAGUGCGUUAUUGUACAAAUGCGUUUAACAUAUUAGUGGAAUAAUUUUAUCAAUAAGAUGGAGAAGCUUAUAUUCUAUAUUUGCACUUUUGUACUAAUUUCUUUUACUAUUGGCUCAAAGUUGGGAAGCCGCGAAGUACAUUACAUUACCUGCUUAACUGAAAAUAAUGUAUCUGAUGAUGACAUGUUUACGAUACAAGAUAUAAUAGAGGACAAACACAAACAAGAAAAUCAAGAAAGAAUAAAAAAGAAUGGUUGUGUUAUACAAUGUUUGUUACAAAAAGAAGGAGUGAUGGAAGGAUCGGAAUAUGACGUAGAGAAAAUGCAUAGCAAGUUUACCAAAAGAACAAAUGCUCCAUCAGGUUCAAAAAAAGUUGAAACUCUAGAUAACUGCAUAAAUGAAACAAAGGACCUCACAGAAAAAUGCGACAAAAGCUUCGCUCUUACGGAAUGUUUAGUGAAAGCUGAAGAGAGAGAAAAAUCCAGGCAUCUUCCAAUUGAAAGAUUGGGAUAAUCCAUCCGAAAAUUAACAGACGGAUGUUUCUGAUCUUUUAUAUCGAAAAAAAAAACUUCAUCAGACCGAAGUGAUAUCCGACUAAAGUUAUCCGAUCCAAAAAUUGAAAAACAUUUGAUCCAAGAAAUCCGUUCGUUAAUUUAUAGACGGAUGAUCCAAUUAUAUCUUAUCCGAUUAUAUUUUAUCCUGAAUAUGGCUGAUGACAAAAAACGAGACGUCUGUUAUAGUCGUGGAUGUAAAGCAAAGCAGAGAAAAACUUAUGUUGUUAUAAGGCUAUCAUACAACAGCCUUUUACGAAUUACACUCGUAUGCAUUUUCGGGAUAAGAUAAAACUGCACAUUUGCACAUGAUAGCUUUAUAGUAUAACUUUUAUAGAUAGUAUAACUUUUCGGGACAUUGUCUCAUUUCUAUUAUAAGAUUUCGGGAUUAUGACAUUUCGGCACAUUGUCACGUUUCUAAGAUUUCGAGAUUACGCCCUUUCGGCACAUUGUCACGUUUCUUAAAUAUACGAGUUUUCAAAGUU